AUCUUAAAUUCAUCCGCCCGUUUUAGGCAACCAGUUUUUCAUACGAUGCCCUAACGAUGUCAUCCAUUCGAGAAAAAGUAGAAGAGAGUGACAGUGACAGUGACAGUUCUUCCAGUGACGUUUGCACAUGUGAUAUUCUGACAUUUCUAAAUUUGUUUACCAGGAUCUCAAAACUGCUUUAAUUAUCUAAUCUUUUAUUAUCUAUAUAUAACCAAAUAACAGUAAUGAUAGUUGUUUGACAGUCAUUUUCCAUGUAUUAUUAUAAUUAUUUAACAUUAUGCACGCAUCACACUCAAAGGAUGGCAAUUUUCAAAGACAGGGAUCGACUAGAAGAGUUAUCCCCUCAGAACCGAUUUCUUACCCUUUGGGAGACAAACAGAAUGAAGAUGUGCAAAAGUUGUACAAGUUAUAUAAACAAGAAUAUGUUAUUUUAGCAGAAUAUAAAAUGGUACAAAAUGAAAACAUACCCGGUGUUUAUGUUAUACCGUCUAGGGAGUCUUCAUUAGUAUGGUUUGGAGUAAUAUUUGUAAGGAGUGGAUGUUAUGAAGAGGGUAUUUUUAGGUUUACUAUAUUUUUGGAUGAAGAAUUUCCUGAUUCUGGACAUCCUAAAGUGAUAUUUCAUACAAAAAUAUUUCAUCCUGUGAUAGACGCUGAUUCUGGUGAACUGAAUCUGUUAAAAGCUUUUCCACAGUGGUCUAAGUUAGAGGAACAUAUUUGGCAAGUUGUUAAAUAUAUACAAUGGAUUUUUCUAGACAUGGAUAGAAGUAUUGAGCAUGCUGUUAAUACGGAAGCUGCAGAAAUGUAUAGAAACAAUCUCCAAGAAUUCAAAGAAAAAGCUGCAGAACUGGUUAAAGAGAGCAAAUCGCAUCUGUUUGAUGAGCCAGCUGUAGAUGAUAAGCAUUAUAUUACUUUUGAACCAUACGAUCCUGAAGUCCAUGACAAGGUGAAGGCCACAAUGAUCAACAAUCAAGUCCAAGAACAAACGACAAAGCUGGGAUUAUCUUGGGUGUUACCUGGAAGCAAGAAACCUUUGACAAGGCCGCCAACUCCAACUCCUACAGAAUGCGAGUUAUGACACACGCUUCUUCUUAAGGUGUUCUUUAUCGUUAGAAUCCAAUACGUCCUUCAAAUUGAUUCGUCCAUUUCGUACAGAAUUAUAUAGUUUGAUAUAAGUAUUUGAAGACUGACAAAUUAUAUAAUUAUUUAUCAACAAAGACACAUUUGGGAACAUUAUUUUGAAAGUUUUAAUUCAGUGUAGAAAGUAGGUAACAAAAUUGUUAUAAAUAUUGAAUGUUCUUUAAAUAUUUACCAACAGCAGAUGUGUGAGUUAUACGAGGUAUACGCCAAAAGUAUAUCUGAACUUCUUUCACAAUUCCACAAUACUUUAUUUUUCGUCAUACAGUUUGUGACAUCCUCUCAAUUAGUCGUCACUCGACUUAAUAAUAUGCUCCCUCAGUUCACAAUUCAGUCUUUGUAAUGGCUUUCAGUUUUGCCAAAACUGUCUGAUAAAACCUUGUGUUUAUCAAAAACUGUUGCACCUAGUUCUAUGAAUGUGCUGGCACAUUAUCAUGGGUAAUAAACUAGCUGCCGUUCGCCCAAAAAGGGACGAUACAGAGUAAAGUGAGCUGUUGAAAAGCUUUGUUGAUAAAUUAUGAACAUAUGUCGAAUACUUUUGGAAGAGACCUCGUUUAAUUCAAUAUGAAACCACGAAAAACUUUUACAUGGUCAAGGGGUCCCAAUUUUUUUACAGUUCUAUUUUCAUCUUAAAAAUGUGCCUCGCUAUACUUUAUUUCACGUUAAAAACGGAACGUUGGGAUUAUUCAGAUCAGUAUUGCCAAACCUCUCAGACACGUGUUGUGCUACUGGACUGGACUGUGCUACAGACGGCGUGGCAUCGGUGCGCUUCUAUCGUCCAUAAGAAAUACGUAGCCAUAUCUACGCAACGUUCUGUUCUUAACGAGAAACGGUCUAUACCAUAGAAAAAAAUUGGGAGAACAUGUCCUUUAUAUAUCCAAAGCAAUCGUAUACAUAUUAUUAUCAUGAAUUUUAUAAAUAUUUGAAAUAUUUUCGAACACGAAUAUGUGUCUCACAGAAUGUGUCUUUGUUGUACAUUUUUUUUUAAAUCAUGACAAAAUCGGAAAAUAAAAACUCUUGUGAGUGUUCAAUAUUUUACGAUCCAUAAAACUCUUUAGAUAUUUUUGUAGAAUUUCUUUGUAACCAAAUCUUCUAUUUUGAACUAAUGUGAUAUUCCUAAUCAAAAAACACUAAUUUUUAAGAAUAUAUAUGGAGUUUUUUGGAUGACCUGUACAUAGUGUUCAUUUGUUAAUAAUUACUAUGUUAUAACCAGGUUAUUGGUUCUUGCAAUAUAUGAGAAUUGUUCUUUUUACCUAUAGGACAGUUGUUGUACAUAGUUUGUUGUAGAUGUUAAGUCCUCAUUUGUCAGUGUUUUAUUUAUUGUAUUAGAAUUUGGUUUUAGUGUUAUCGAGAAUUAUUUCCAAAUCUUCAGGUAAAAUUAUGUAGUCACUUUUAUUUGAGAUUUACAUCAUUAACGCUAUCUCACGUUCUCUUAAGGGGGGGGGUAUGGUUUGAAAUAUUUAAUUUUUUUUUAUUAUUUCAAAUAAAAGUGCAUACUUUCAAGAAUACUCUCUGAAAAUUUCAAAAUAAUCGGAGUAAAAUUACCAGAGAUACAGGGUGUUGAAUAUCCCUACCUUCGACUCGCUUUGCCGCGACUUCGCGCCAGCACGCUUGAGCGUAGUGAGAAACGUUACUCCUCGAUUCAAAAAACAUAUUCCAAUGUGCAUCACUUUACGAUUUGGCAGACAAAUAAGAAGAUGAAGAUGUAUAGUUGUAAGAACUUUAAACGCAUUUUUCUCAAAACUGCUUUUUCAAAUGCGGUGGACAUUGUAACUGAAAAACUAUUCGGCCGAUCUACCUGAAAUGUUGCACAGAUUUUCUUUAGAUAUUUCAUGAGGUAACAACGUCGAGAUAUUUUUCUUUUUUUGCUUAUUUUUUGUUCAACAAUAAUAAAUCUGUUGAUUUUCACAAAAUUUUUACCAAAAAUUUCAUUUUUUUGAUUUCUGAGUGAUACCAAAAAUUCAAAAAUCAUUAAGAAUAAAAAAAUUCGACGUUGUGACCUCGUGAAUCUCAUAAGCUAAUUAAAUCUUUUUGAAUUUUUUGUUUCGUAUGAUCUAGUGACGAGUUCUGAUGUCCACCGCAAAAUCCAUUUUUUUAUGAGCUGCCUGUCAAAAUUUGUCACCAAUGGCUUAUUUUUCAAUAUUUUGGACUGAAUUUUUUUCUAAAUAUUCUUUGAAUUGUACUUAAUAUGUUUAUUUAAUUUAAAAAAUAAAAUAAUUGUACCAUAGCUUCGAAAAAAAUUCACAAAUAUGUGCUUGGUAUGUUGACUUCAAACCAUACCCCCACCCCCUUAAUCGCUGCUCAUCCAGAAUGAUACUGUGGACUUUUCGAGCAAAUUCGGGGUAGUAGCAAUUAUUGUUCCGAUGUCCGCAACAGUUCAUCAUUGAUAUUGUGCUUUGAUUUCGGUGCUUUAUACUGGAAAGAACUAUAUGUAAUAAUAAAUGAUUUUACUGA